CCUCUUUUUGUGCCCGACCCCGAGCGUUACAAAUACCAUGAUCAAGCCGCGCAGAUACUUCGCGAAGGAAGCUGAGCCGCUGCGGGCGCAGCGUCGUCCACGUAUACUUAUAUGUACGGAAAAGACUGCUCUUAGUAUGGAAAUUUGUCUCAGUAGUUCUGACGCCAUCUUCUUCACCUGCAUGUGGUUACUUGUUUUUGAAAAAGCUCACUUCUGUCAAUUGAGUCAGAACUCUCUUGCAGGUUUGUGAAUUUGUCGAUCAGAAGUGUGCUUCGUCCUCGUUACAAGUGUGAUGGAAUAGAGAACUAAGGAUAGUAAAGUGCAAAGUGUCCCAUUUGACACCAUAUGCAGGUGAAGAGUACACGUCGCCACCUCCGUUGCGGUCGGAAUCCAAAAAAGCGCGGCUGGAUGCUCAAGAAAAGCAGCCAGCGUCGCCAGCAGGUACGUUUCUUGUUGGUAUUCAUUCAGAAGGCAGAUCUAUUUCCCUUCAGUAGUGGGUGAGAACUUUCUUCUUCUUCGUCGUUAUUGAUAGCUUAUUCCUGUGGUUCUUUCAACUUCAAACUCAAGUAAUGGUGUGGUGUCUAUGAAUGCAAACAGGUAAAGAGAACAAGUCGCCGCUGAUUAAUGCGCCUGAGAAAGUGAAUGCAAAGUCGGAGCCGCAGGCAGAUACAGGCGCGGAUAUGUCAAGCAGUGAGGGCAUCUCGAAAAAAAUGGAUUUGCAAGAGGCUUUGGAAUGGUGGGAAAAGAAAUUAAGGCGGUUGAGUUUGUAUUUGGACAGUGAAGUAGACUGGGGGUAAUAUUGAAGCUUUCUUUGCGUUUCUCUAAUCAUGCGCCUGGUUCCCACGAAAAACGAAGCUGAGCGGUCUGACCUGUCUGAUAAAAAGAAAGAGGAAGAGGAUCUCUUUGCCGAUUUGGUACUGCGUGGUGAUUAGUGCUCUUAGACUCACAAUGGGGCUCGCAACUGCUAGGGACGCACUCUUCUCACUUUUUGUUUUGGUUUGACAUGCGUCUGCGUGGAGGUGGAAUAUAUAAAAUUUGAUAAAAGUUCAUAUGUUCCAAAACUAAACUUGAUCUAGAUCCAGAAGGCGAAGAAGUGAGGCAAGGUUGCUAGCUCACAAUGAAGAUGUUGUAGGACUAGGACCAGUGAACUUUUUUUUUCGCUACGGAGCCCAGUUAUGCUGCUUCCGUGUUGCGCGCUUGCUAUAGGAAAAAAAACCGAAAAGGAGGCGACCCUCUCGACGGUCUCAAGGUUAUGCCAAAAAAGCUCACGCUAUGGUAGAUAGACUCCGCCUCAGGGUAAUCGCGAUACUAUGGGAGGAAGGUUUCUAGAUCAAGUCACAGCGUCAUAGCUACUAAGAAAUGAUAGAAAGCUUUCCAAAGUUCGCUGAGCAACAUGGUGUCCCUGAUCAACGGCUCUAAUCGUAUAAAAAGCUAGCGCUUCGUGGGGGUGCGAUACGGUUGCAGACGGAACCACUUGGGCCUGCAUCGCUGUGAGGAUGCUACCUAAGACACAUGAAUGGCAUUUCAGGCUGUGAGCACUUCUAUUAAUAAUGCAGAACUAAUUGUUAGAACUAAAAGUACGUCAUGAGAUAAAAUCUGAAUGGGAGCAGCAAGUUUCAGCAACACACAAAAUAAAGAGAAUCAAGUAUCGAAGUCUUCUAGCCAGCUACAAAGAGUCACUGGAUGUAUCUAUGCACAGGCGUUCAAGAUUAUUUUGUUUUUGAGGAACAUGCACAGGCUUGAGCACAGAGGAAGAUGAAAGAAUUGGCUUUGUUAUCGCGAUUUAUAAGGACUAAAAUUAUACGGGUACUCUUGGGGCACAAGAUAAGAAGACUUUUCGCCAUAUCUUCACUUUGCAGCUGCUAAUAGGGACCUAAAGUAUGAGUCAUUGGGAUGGGAAGUAGAGGCUCACGGGAUACACGAGGCUUCUUUUAAACUCUUUGCGUUAAAGUUAUCGCUUAAAACUACCAGGUAAAAAUGUUUGACAACAGAUGAAAUGCAUCGUGCAGAAACUAUAUAGAGUAGAGGGGUCCUCGUUCAAUUCAAGCUUUGAGUUUGAAAGAACAAGCAAUGAGAUGCUACUCAUGUACAGCCACAAACUAAAGAGUGGAAAAGACGCGGUAGACUGACGAAAAAGCGUCUCUAUUGUAAGUACUCCAUUGGAUUCGCAAAGAGCAGGAAAAAACAAAUAUGAAUGGCG